AUCAACCUUCCACUCCCGCCUCCGCUCUCAGCUCUCAGCUCCGCCUCCAUGGGAAUCAAGGGUUUAACGAAGCUCAUAGCUGAGAACGCCCCGGGUGCCAUCCGGGAGCAGACAUUCGAGAGCUACUCUGGCCAGUGGAUCGCCAUGGACGCCAGCAUGAGCAUCUACCAGUUCCUCGUGGCUGUUGGAAGGAAUGGGGUUGAGACCCUCACUAAUGAGGCUGGUGAAGUGACCAGCCAUUUGCAAGGAAUGCUUAACCGAACAACAAGAUUGCUGCAGGCGGAAAUAAUGCCAGCAUAUAUUUUUGAUGGCCAACCACCAGAAUUAAAGAAGAGAGAGCUGGUAAAAAGGCAUGUGAAGAGAUUGGAUGCAAUGAAAGAUCUAACAACAGCAAUGGAGAAUGGGAAUGAAGACGAAAUUGAAAAGUUUAGCAAAAGGACCGUCAAGAUGACCAAGAGGCACAAUGAAGAUUGUAAAAGGCUAUUAAGACUGAUGGGCGUUCCAGUGAUUGAGGCACCUUGUGAAGCAGAAGCUCAGUGUGCAGCUCUUUGCAAAGCCGGGAAGGUCUAUGCUGUAGCAUCAGAAGAUAUGGAUUCGUUAACCUUUGGAGCACCUAGGUUUGUUCGUCAUUUAACGGACCCAAGCUCUAGAAGGAUACCUGUGAUAGAGUUCCAAAUGUCUAAGAUUCUUGAGGAGCUGAAACUCACAAUGGAACAAUUCAUCGACUUAUGUAUUCUCUCUGGAUGUGACUACUGUGACAGCAUUAGAGGUAUAGGGGGGCAAACAGCUUUAAAGCUUAUUCGUCGACAUGGUUGCCUGGAGAACAUUUUGCAGAACAUAAACAAGGAAAGAUACCGCAUACUGAAGGAUUGGCCUUAUCCAGAAGUUAGGCAACUCUUUCAAGAGCCAACAGUUUCUUUGGAAACCCCUGAGCUGAAAUUGACACUUCCAGAUGAGGAGGGUCUUCUGAAUUUUCUGGUGAAUGAAAAUAGCUUCAACAAAAAUCGGGUAGCAAAGGCAAUAGAAAGGAUGAAAGGAGUCAAGAAUUUGUAUUAUCAAGAAAAGUCGGAGACUUUUUUCAAACCAGUUCUAAGCGCAUCUUUGCCUCUUAAAACAAAGGAAAGGAAAUGCUUGGUUCACUUGCCCAGGGCACUCUUCAAAUCUGGAUUCAUGACUGCUGUUGAUGUCUCUGUGAUCUGUAGCUCCCAAAUGAACAUUUUGCCGCCUGUUCGAGCUCUGCGACUGCCAAGCUCGACGCCUGCACAUCUCGGUCUCGGACUGUGAAUUCCGGUAAGCUAACUCUUGACCGAAUACGAACCAGUUUGAAAAUUUUUCAUUUCACUGAUCGGAAUUUAGCUUUCCUUUUUGAAAUGCUUCUCAGAAUUCAAAAUGGCUAAUACAUUCUUCAGAAUUAUAAAUCAUUUCACUUCUUUUC